UGCAUUAUUUUAUUAUACACUAGCAAUGUCAAUAAUAUGUGAUCGUUCAUUGGCUAGCGCCUUAUCUCAAAAAUGUUAACUUCGUUUUAGUAACUAAAAUAUAUGUAGAUCUUAAAAAAUCCUAAUUAUCAAUGAAGUAACAGGGAAACCCACAGUUCUUUCAAUAUCUGCGAAGAGGAAAUGUAUGUUAAAGUUUAUAAAUGAUGUCGUUUGAUUAAUCGAAAAGUAUUUAGUAAUAUAGAAACUGUGUAUAAUUGACGUACGAUCAUUGAGAAUAUUGAUCCAUUUAUUGAGAACAAUAAAAUCAUCAAAUUUUGGAUGAAAUAUAUUUUUUUUAUAUAAAGGAAAAUUUAUUACAAUAAAAUAUGGGUAAUUCACAACCUAACCAAUACGAUGUACCAAAAACUGCAUACAAAAAGAAUAAAGUAAAGGAAACAUGUAAGACAUCUGAAGACAAUACUAAGUUAAGCACAAAGAAUGUGAGAACUAUGCAUAAAAAUCAGAGUUAUGAGCCAGUAGAAACGAAGAAAAACGAUAAUUAUAAAGUAGAAGAUUUAAGUUAUUCAAAUCUAUAUAAUAAUACAUAUCCAAAUAAUCCACAUCUAUAUAGUACACAUCCAUAUAAUAUACAACAUCCAAAUAGUACGCAUCCAAAUAGUACAUAUCCAAAUAAUACAUAUUUAAAAAGUAUACAUCCAAAUAAUAUAUAUCCAAAGCUGCAAAGUACAUAUUCAGAUGAUACCAAACCGUCUUGUCCCACUAAGGAAGAAUUAUAUGAUAAUAAACCUAUAGGACAAACACAGAAUGUAUCGACUGAGAAAAAGGAUAACAUGAAGACUAUGAUUAAACCUCCACCAAAUUUAGUAGACAUAAAAAAUUUCAUGAAAUCCUGGACCAUAUGGAAAGAACAGUUAAUAAUAUUUUUGAAUCUAAUGGAUGAAAACAAGGAAAAAUAUCAUCUGUGGGGAAACUUUCUUUUGAAUUUCAUGGGUGUGGUCAGCCAGGAAAUUCUUGAUAAGUUAAUAUUUAAUCCAAAUGAAAAUAAAAAUAAUUUCUCAGUAUUAAUUAAUAAGUUUAAUGCAUAUUAUAAGUUCAAUACAACUACUAAAUCUGAGAAUGAGAGCAUCAUGGAUUAUGUGGAUAGAUUGAAGAUCGAUGCUGUUAAAAAUAUGAAAAAUGUUGAUUAUAUAUUAAAAAAGAAAUUGGCAAGCGAUAUAGAAAAGCAAUGCAAAGAACGAUUCAUUGCAUUAGCUAGUUGUAAAUUGUCAGAUUUCAAUUUUGACAAAAAAUUUACAGUUUUAACAUUAGCAGAAAUUGCUUUUUUAUGGAAUUUGUGCAUUCAAUCAAAUUUUGACAAAAACAAAAAUUGCAAUUACUGCGGUAAGUUCCAUUUAGAGGGACAAUGUUUAGCGAAAGGUAAAGAAUGCAACAAGUGCAAAAGAAGAAAUCACUUUGCAAAAUGUUGUCCUGGCCUGAUGUAUAUUAAUAAUUGUGGUUUUUGCGGAGGCGAUCAUGGAUUUAAGGGAUGCCCUGCUUUUGGAGAAACAUGCACUAAAUGCUCCAAGCAGAAUCAUUUUUCAUGGAUGUGCUCUAAAGCGAUGUUAAUAAAAAAUUGUCGAUUUUGUGGCCUGAAUCAUAUGAUGGAUAGAAACAAAUGUCCAGCAAAGAAUAGUACAUGCUGCAUUUGCAAAAUUGUUGGUCAUUAUGAAGUAAAAUGCCGCAGUAACAAGGCAAAUAAUAACGUAAAAUAAUAAGAAAUUAAGUAUUAAGUAAGAUAAAAGAUUUGAUUAUCUGUUUUUAAUCAACAUAUAUUUUAUUUUACUACAACUAUUAUAAGCUUUUAACUACAACUAUAUAGGUUAUAUAAAGUUUUGGGACUAUGUCAAAUGUAUUACUUAUAAAUUUAAACUCGUUAUAUACCUUGUUAUACGCUGUAUUAAAUAAAGUUUGAUAAAAAAAAAGAAAUAAACAGAUUGACAAAUUUCCUUCGAAUGAUUGAAGAGAUUUUUAA